CGUGUCAUGAGGCUCAUCUUCCAGUUGUGUGGGAUGAUAUAUAUAUAUAUAUAUCUUGGCCGGCUGAAGGUUUGGGGAGCACGAAGAGUAAAAGCUAGCUGCUGUUUUCCAUUUUUGGAGAUUGAGAAAUGCUAUUAACCAUGGAAAUCCUCAAAUUUUAGAGGAUUGGUUUGUUGUUGUUGGAUAGUUCUUGCUGAAAUUAGAAACUCGUACUAUACGUUUCUCAGAGUUUCAAUGGCAUCUCAGAUAAAUAAGACAAUGUUGUGGAUGCUGCUUGUUUUCUUGCUGGUAUCAAACAUGCAACAACGUUGUUUUGCAGCAAAUGGAAAGCCACAGCAAGUACCUUGUCUCUUCAUUUUCGGAAACUCUUUGUCGGAUGAUGGGAACAACAACAAUCUUGUUACAUUGGCAAAAUCCAAUUAUCCACCCUAUGGGAUUGAUUUCCCCGACGGCCCAACGGGAAGGUUCACCAACGGUCGUACCAUCUCCGAUUUCAUUGGUCAAUUUCUGGGAUUCGAGGAUUUCAUCCCACCCUUUGCUAAUGCUACAGGCGAUGAAAUACUCAAAGGUGUCAAUUAUGCAUCUGGUGCAGCCGGAAUUCGCAAUGAAUCUGGAGAAACCCAGGGUGAUCGGAUAUGGAUGGACAGGCAGUUGGAAAAUCACCAAAUUACGGUGUCGCAGAUCGAGGAGAUGUUGGGAAAUGAAAACAAAUCAACCGCAGAGUACCUAAGCAAGUGCAUAUAUUCUGUUGAAAUUGGUAGCAACGACUAUCUUAAUAACUACUUCUUGACGGAGUACUACCCAACUAGCGAAAUAUACACCCAACAGCAAUAUGCUGUUGUCCUCACUGACCAAUUAUCUCAGCAGCUAAUGACAUUGUACAAGUAUGGGGCAAGGAGAUUUGUGGUAUUCGGACUGGGUAAGAUAGGUAGUAUUCCAAUCAUGCAGAGUGCAUGUGGAACAGGAACAAAUGGCACUGCCUGUGUCGACAACAUCAACAAUGCCGUCGAACUUUUCAACGUUCAGCUUAUAUCAUUGGUGGUUGCUCUCAAUAACAAUCUAACCGAUGCUUCUUUUAUCUACAUAAACUCCACUGGAAUCUCGUCCACCAGUUCGUCUCUGGAUUCCUUGGUUUCGAAUGCUUCCUGCUGUGAAGCGUCGGCUACUACUGGGCUAUGCGAGCCAUUUGGAAGUACAUGCAGCAACCGGAGCCAAUAUCUAUAUUGGGAUUCAAUCCACCCCACUGAAAUUGUAGCUUCGGUGUACGCGGAAAGAGCAUACAAAGCUGAGUAUCCAACUGAUGUUUAUCCAUUUGAUAUCUUCCACCUAGCACAGCUGGGAAUAUUGGAAGAGACUGUUAGUUCUUAUGAUCAUACCAAGUCUAGAUCUGUAAUCUAAUACUCAUUGCUUGGAUUUUUGUUCUUAGUUCCUCUAAUCUAGUACUCAUAAUAAAGCAAUGAAGUUUAUGCUUU